AUGUCGCUUGCACACACAGCUGCUGAGUACAUGCUCUCGGAUGCCCUGCUGCCCGACCGCAAGGGCCCCCGCCUCAAGGGACUGCGCCUGGAGCUUCCCCUGGACCGGAUGGUCAAGUUCGUAGCCGUGGGCUUCCCCCUGCUGCUGGUGUCACUGGCCUUUGCCCAGGAGUUCUCCUCCGGGUCUCCCAUCAGCUGCUUUUGUCCCAGUAACUUCAGCAUCCGGCAGGCUGCCUACGUGGACAGUUCCUGCUGGGACUCCCUGGUUCACCACGAACAGGAUGAGUCUGGCCAGUCCAAGACGAAAUCCCUCUGGCCUCACAAGGCCCUCCCCUACUCACUGCUGGCCCUGGCCGUGGCCAUGUACCUGCCGGUUCUGCUGUGGCAGUAUGCAGCCGUGCCGGCCCUCAGCUCGGACCUGCUGUUCAUCAUUAGCGAGCUGGACAAGUCCUACAACCGCGCCAUCCGCCUGGUGCAGCACAUGCUGAAGAUCCGACAGGAGAGCUCGGACCCUGAUGUGUUCUGGGACGAGCUGGAGAAGGCUCGGAAAGAACGGUACUUUGAAUUCGCCUUGCUGGAGCAGUACCUGGCCUGUAAGCAGCGCUCACACUCACUAGUGGCCACCUACCUCCUAAGGAAUGCCCUCUUGCUCCUCUUCACCUCCGCCACCUACCUGUACCUGGGCCACUUUCACCUGGACGUCUUCUUCCAAGAGGAAUUCAGCUGUUCCAUCAAGACAGGGCUGCUACAUGAUGAGACCCACAUCCCCGACCUCAUCACAUGCAGGUUGACCUCUUUGUCUGUCUUCCAGAUUGUCAGUCUCGCCAGCGUAGCCAUCUACACCCUGUUGGUUCCAGUGAUACUAUACAACCUCACACGGCUCUGCCGGUGGGACAAACGGCUCCUUUCCAUCUACGAGAUGCUCCCAGCUUUUGAUCUCCUCAGCAGAAAAAUGCUGGGCUGUCCCAUCAAUGACCUCAAUGUGAUCCUUCUUUUCCUCCGAGCCAACAUCUCUGAGCUCAUCUCUUUUAGCUGGUUGAGUGUCCUUUGUGAGCUGAAGGACACAGCCACCCAGAAGCACAACAUUGACACCAUGGUUGAUUUCAUGACUUUAUUGGCUGGCUUAGAACCCUCAAAACCUAAACAUCUCACCCAUGGGAUGUGUGAUGAAAAUCCUUAG